AAAAAAAAACUGAUUCAGAAAAAUAAGAGAUUUUUUUUAUAAAGAGACCGGAGUUGUUUGGAUGAGCAGUUCUUUAGAGAGCUGCAAGCAGCAUUACCGGAGGUCAAGGAAUCGGUCCGUUACGAACAGCCACGGUUUGAACGGACACGGCACUUCUGUAUUUUAUUUCGUAGUCUAUGUUCCUUCUGGUCAUGCAGCUGGUGAUCCGCCGGUACCGUCCCUCAGACAAGGACGCAGUGCUUGCCCUGUUUAGCAUCAGCAUCCGGGAGCACAUCCAUCCAUGUUUUCACAACGCCAUGACCAGCCCUCUCUACCUCGCCAUCACCCUGGCUCUGUGUGUCACUGGCUACCUGCUCGGCUCCGUGUUAGGGGCUGUGGUGUUACCGGGAGCCUGGGUGGGCCUUGUCUACUACUGCUGUCAUGAGCUAUAUGCCAGCUACGGCAGGGAGAAACUCCGGACAGAAAUGCAGGACAUCCCUGGGAACUAUCUGAGCAGACCGGAUGACUGUUUCUGGGUGGCAGAGGCUGAGGUUGAUGGGAGGGCCCAGAUCAUGGGGAUGGUGGCUGUAGUGGCCAAACAAAGUGGGGAAGAAAGACACGGGGAACUGUUCAGGAUGAUCAUCUCACCCUCGUGCAGACGGGUAGGUCUGGGCUUCAGGAUGGCUCAGACUGUGAUUGACUUCUGUAAGGAACGAGGCUUCUCCAGGGUGGUGCUGGAGACCAGCUCUCCAGCCACCGCUGCUGUGGCCCUGUACAAGAAACUAGGGUUCAGCCACGUCCUCUCACACACCGAAACACAGGCUCCUGUUUGGUUUGUAACGCUGGCCAAGGUGUCAAUUUUUAAAAUGGAAAAACACCUGCAGACCUAACAUAAUCUUAAUUAGCCACUAUGAUGUUUCAUUUAUAUUCCUCUGGAUCAGUGCUUCAAGCUUUUGCAUCGUUAAUAAUUAACUGAAACCAUUAUCUGUAAGCUUUGUCUUACAAACACACUAGCUGUUUUAGCUAUGACCAA